AUGACAAUUUCCCCAGAGACGCAGACGAAGCUGAAGAAGCAGGUGGAGUUUUAUUUUAGUGACGUCAACGUGCAGAAGGAUGUGUUUUUAAAGGCCAAAAUGGCGGAAAAUGCGGAGGGCUUUGUACCAUUGGAGACGCUCUUGACCUUCAACCGGGUGAAUUCCCUCACUAAGGAGGCGGCGACGCUGGCCGAGGCGCUUCGGCCGAGCGAGAAGCUUGUGCUGAGCGAGGAUGGCCUUAUGGUGCGCCGCAGGGAGCCGCUGCCGGAGUCUAUCCAGACCGACCACCAAACUGUGUACGUAAAGCCGCUGCCUCCCAGCGCGACACUCGAGGAGCUCACGGAGUUCUUCAACCAGCACGGCACCGUUCAGGCUGUCUGGCGCCGCUAUUUCCCGGGAAAGAAGGACGCCGAGCCAGAGGCUCGCACGAAGCCGUCUGUGUUUGUAGUCUUUAGCACGAAGGAGGAGGCGGAGGCGUUUAAGGCAACUCCACCAAUGCACAAUGGGGUGCAGCUUACGGUGGAGAUGAAGACCGACUACCUGACGAGGAAGGCGGAGGAGAUCGCCGCCAAGAGCAAGGGCCGCAAGCGCCAACCGCAGAAUGAGGAAGAUCAGCCUGCCGCAACCGAGACCCGGAAAACGCCCUCUAUGCCGUUGAACAGCAGCUACCGUGUGACGGGGUGUGGGACACUGGAGGGCUUUUCCAGCGUGAAGGAGAUGUGGCCGGCGGAGGAGCGGAAGGGCAUCCGCUACGUCUUUUUACCGGACACUGAGACGGCCCUGCUCAUCUUCCAGGACGCCGCGACAGGAGAGAAGAUGGUGGCGGACCUGAAGCAGCGCGGAACCACCCACAACGGCAAGCAGCCGGAGGUGCAGAAGCUGGAGGAGGCGGACGAGAAGCAGUUGCUGCUGGACGUUGAAAAGGAAAUCGGUGAACGGGCAAAGCACAACCAAAGAGGACGUGGGUGUGGACGUGGGGGCGGACGUGGGGCUGGCCGCCGUGGGCAGAAGCGCUCGCGCGACUAG